AUGGUUCGCGCCACCGCCUUCCUCGCAGCCAUGCUGCCCGCUGCUCUCGCCGCCCCCUUCAGCCUAGGUGGCAGCUCGACCUCCGACUCUGGUACCUUCAUGGGCGUCCCCAUCUCCAACCUGAACGCCCUCGACCUGAUCCCCAACAAGUACAUCGUUGUCUACAACAGCAGCUUCGACGACGACGCCAUCACCUCUAAGAUGUCCUCCUUCGCCGCCUCCAUCAAGAAGCGCAACAUCGGCAAGCGUUCCCUCGACGGCCGUUCUCUGAGCACCUCGACCCGCAACUUCAAGAUGAACAACUGGCGAGCCACCGUCAUGGAGGCCGACGACACCAUGAUCAUGAGCGUCAUGAACGCCGAGGAGGUCGCCUACGUCGAGCAAGACGCCAAGGUCAAGCUGUCCGCCACUGUUUCCCAGACCAACGCGCCCCCCGGCCUCGUCCGCAUGUCUCACGCCGCUGCUGGUGAAACGGGCUACGUCUUCGACCAGACUGGCGGAGACGGCAUCACCGCUUACAUUGUCGAUACGGGCAUCUUGACUACUCACUCCGAGUUUCAGGGUCGCGCGACCUUUGGUGCCAACUUCGUCAACAACGUGGACACCGAUGAGAAUGGCCACGGCUCUCACGUCGCUGGCACUGUUGCUGGCCAGACCUUUGGUGUUGCCAAGAACGCCAACCUCGUUGCCGUUAAGGUCCUCGACGGCGAUGGUGCUGGUUCUAACUCUGGCGUCCUCGAUGGCAUGCAAUUCAUCAUUGACGACGUCGCUGCCAAGAACCUAACUGGCAAGGCCGUUAUGAACAUGUCUCUCGGAGGCUCUGCCUCGGCCGCCGUCAACCGCGCCAUCCAGGCCCUCAACAACGCCGGUGUCGUCCCCGUCGUCGCCGCCGGUAACGAGAACCAGGAUGCCGCCAACACGUCGCCCGCCUCGGCACCCAACGCCAUCACCGUCGGCGCCAUCGAUGCCCGUAACGACCGCAAGGCCUCCUUCUCCAACUUCGGCGCCGCCGUCGACAUCUUCGCCCCCGGUGUCAACAUCCUCUCGGUCGGCAUCUCCUCCAACACUGCCACCAACACCCUCUCUGGAACCUCGAUGGCCUCUCCCCACGUCGCCGGCCUUGCCGCCUACUUGAUGAGCCUCGAGAACCUCAACACUGUCAAGGCCGUCACCGACCGUAUGCUGUCCCUCGCUGAGGCUUCUGGGGCCUCGGUCCAGCGCAACACGGCCGGCACCACCAACCUGAUCGCCAACAACGGCCAGCUCUAG